AUGUGCAUGCACCACAUUUUGCUUGAAGAAAGUGCUAAACCAGUGAGGCAACCACAGAGGCGCCUGAACCCGCUUAUCCUAGAAGUGGUGAAGAAGGAAGUCACUAAGCUUUUACAGGUUGGCAUCAUUUAUCCCAUUUCAGAUAGCCAGUGGGUCAACCCGGUUCAAGUGGUUCCCAAGAAGUCUGGAGUGACUGUAGUGGUGAACCAGAAAAAUGAACUGGUUCCGAUUCAUAUUGCACCUGAGGAUCAGGAGAAGACUACCUUCACAUGUCCCUUUGGCACAUAUGCAUAUGAGAGGAUGCCCUUUAGCCUUUGCAACGCACUAGAGUUUGACAUUGAAAUCAAGGUUAGAAGUGGAGCAAAAAACCAGGUAGCUAAUCACCUGAGCCACAUCACUUCUCUUUCACCUGAUCCUCUCCCUAUUCAUGAUGAAUUUCUUGAUGAGCAUCUUUUACAGCUGCAAGGUAGUAUUUCCCGUAGGCAUGAAAUGCCCCGGCACCCUAUACUCUUAUGUGAGAUUUUUGAUGUUUGGGGUAUUGACUUUAUGGGUCCCUUUCCUGUUUCUUUUGGAUUUACAUACAUUCUCAUAGCUGUUGAUUAUGUAUCUAAAUGGGUUGAGGCAAAAGCCACCAGGACUGAUGACUCUGUUGUUGAUGUAGAUUUUGUCAGAUCUAACAUUUUCUGCAGGUUUGACAUUCCUAGAGCUAUUAUUAGUGAUCAAGGUUCUCACUUCUGCAACCGAAGCAUGUUUGGAUUAAUGAAGAAAUAUGGUGUAAUUCAUAAAGUAGCCACUGCAUACCAUCCACAGACCAAUGGCCAAGCUGAAGUUUCAAACAGAGAAGUCAAGCCAAUCUUUCAGAAACAGUUAAUUCUAGUGGGAAGGAUUGGAGCAAGAGACUUGAAGAUGCUUUGUGGGCGUACAAGAUUGCCUACAAUACUCCAAUUGGGAUGUCCCCUUACCGACUUGUUUGUGGAAAAGCAUGUCAUCUUCCGGUAG